AUGAUUAAUGAGCUUGAGAGAGGAGCCAAGGGUUUUGAAUAGAAAAAAUAAGUUAAGAAUGCAAAAUAGUAGUUGGCAAAAUAGAAAGAUCGAUACUAACAACUAUCAAAAGAAUUAAAUAAGUUGUCAUUUACUCAGAUUGAACAUACCCAAAAUAAAAGUCAACAAUAGAAUCAGAUUUCUGAAUAAUAAGAGCAACAAUUUACACAUGAAUCUUUAGAUUUGGAAUCACAAAUGAUCUAAGAAAGACAAGAAGACAUAAAUCAUAUUUAGAAUCAGUCAAUGACAUUAUAAAAAAUAAUGAAUGAGUUGGGAUUGAAAGUAAAUGAUUAGGGUAGAUUAGUAGCUUGA